AUGUUUAAUACAAUUUUUGGAGAAAAUGUCAAAGUCAACUAUUUCUAUUUAUCUUACUUAUUGAAAUGUCUUCUAUUAAGAGAUCAGUACAUAUCAAUCUAUAUUUCGGGCGUUCUUGAUCGCUUAUUGAAGCAAUUUACAAGAAGAGAAGAAUCUGAACCUUACGUUGAGAUAUUUAUUGAUAUAUUCCUCGCAAGUUUGCAAGUAAUCAACACAAAGGACAUUCCUGCCGCGUUUAGUUUGAUUUAUGAUAAGGUUUUCGACCCAUAUUACAUUGAUAACGAGCAGAUACGUUCUAAAGUCUUCAAAUUCUUGUCAGUCGCAGUUGCAACAAUUUCUCCAUCAGAUGCAUCACCAAAAAUCACACAAGUCGCAGCAACAAUCAAAAAAUAUAUUUCUCAAAAGGAAACAGCAUCACAAAUUACUACAGUUGCCGCCGCAUUAUUCUCUAGAGCAGAUGUUAAUGCUAUUGGCCUCAGAGAAGCUUUAUCUUCUCUUACAGAUCCAUUAUUAAAUUAUAUCAAGCAGAAUUACAAAGCAUUUGUCAGCCAAACAGAUUUUGAAGUACUCAGAGGCAUUCCUGAAGCUGUCAGAGCUCUUUCCAGUGUCAGAGAUCAUACAGGAGAGAAAUUAGUCGACAGAUGUCUUUCAAGUCUUCACGAAGAGAGUUCUUUAUAUGUUUUAUCGAAUCUUCAGCUCACUUCCGAAGAGAAGCAUAAGAUUUCCAACGAAUUUCCAGGUCUUUUGACACAAUCAACAAAUCAAAGCCAAAGAGACUUAAUUCUCCAACUCUUUGCAGAGAUUUGUUCAUCAGUAACCGAUGUAGGACCUGUUGCACCUCAAAUCAUCAGGAUUUCCUCAGCAUCUCGCAAUUAUCAACAAGAAUUUGAGAGAAAACUCCUCCAAAACAUCACAAGUGACCAUAUCUUGGGGGGAUUGUUCGAUGCCGCAUUCGAUCCGCACUUCAUUUCCUCGGCAAAGCUCUGUUUCGCCAUUUUGAAGAAUUCUUCCAGAGAAAAUUUGGUUUCAAAUUUACCAAAAGAUUCGGUUUUGGCAAAAACGUUUCUUUACUUGACUUCACUUUACUUUUCACCUCACUCCAAGUGUGACAUCAUGUACUCUGUUGGCACAACAUUCAACAUACAAGAACUGAUAAACGCAAGUGAAGUUUUGUACGACAAAAACUGUCAUUCUUGUAUUUACAGAUUUACAACAAAAUUUUUCAAAAAUUUGACAGUUUCUGAAACGUUUUUAGAUGACGUAUUUAGUUUCCAUAAGCAGCUGAUGAACGAACAACACCCCGAUGUUCCAAACAGGCCUCUCUUGAAUCAACAAGCUCAAAAUUCAUUUAAAUCGUCACUUUUUACGAUAUGUGCCGCUUUUUGUAACAAAGACAAACUGCACAGUUUAGUUAAGGGCAUUGAUAUAAAGAAUAUAGAGGAGAGUUCCCAAUUUGCAGAUGAUUUGUUCCUGAUUGAGAAUGUCAAUGGAAAUCCGACACUUUCCAAAGAUUUGUUCAAUAAAAAGAUCACGAAAAAGACAGAAGACAGUUUAGGAAGAAGAAUCUUUCUCUUGGAAUACGGAUCCAAACAGAAUCCACCUCAAAACACUGAAUAUCUGUUCGAAGAAGACAUUCCGCCACAAAUUUCAGCAGCUGUUCAAAGAAGAAUUCUAAAAUCUGUUUGCGAAAAUCCGGAAAAUCAUAUUAACCUUAUCUAUCGUCUUUUGACAUCGAAUCAAACCUGUGUUCAAAGGUGCAGUAUCAGGUCAUUAUUGUUGUUAGUUAAGAAAUACAAUGUCGAACUGAACAAAGACAUUUUGAAGAGAGCUGUUUCUGUUUUGUGCCAAAAUAUAAACCAUAUGAGUUUAAUCAAGGAAUUGAUGCAGUUUACAAAUACCGUUUAUAAUUUCGAAAAUCUUUUACAGUUCAUUUUCGAAGGAAACGAUUUCCCUUACGACAUAAAACCUGAUUUCAUCCAAAAUUGCCAAAAACCAAAUGAUUUGAGAACUCCUAUCGUUGCUGCCUCAAUUUCAAUGCUUUUACAAGACGAUAGAAGUGUGUCACUUUUUACACAAUGUUUACAAAAGAUAUUUAUGUGCAGCAGACAAUGGGACAACUUCAUUUUGUACUAUUUACCAUCAGCUUCCGAAGAUGACAGCCACAUUUUCAUGAAAACGUAUUUCGAGUGUUUGAACUAUAACUCGCCUUGGAAUACAAUAGCUCAAAAUUGUUUGAACGUGGUUUACAAAGACGAUAGACUUCUCACUUCACUUUUGUCGGCAUCUGAUGGAUUUUUGUAUGAAUCAGUUUACAAAGCGAAAUCAAUUGAAUACUUUACAAAUGUUGCAAAGAUUUUGUAUGAAAAAGACAAGAAUAUGUUUGUCGGUGCAUUGAUUGAUAAUAAAAAAGUGACAGCAUCAUCGACUGUCAUUUCCUUGUUGAAUUUCUUAGGAUCAUUGAGUUACUGCAUGGAAUGCGCUUUAAGAAAAAGUGUCAGUGAUGAUAAUUUCAUGCAUCAAACUGUUUUGAGGCUGAUUAGCUCUACAUCAAAGAUUCCACAAGAUUUGAGACUUCAAUCUCUUGUUUUCGCUAUUUUUGUCACUUCACAAAACUGUUUACAGUUUUACGACAACAUUUUACAGGCGUUGAAACGUUUGCAAGAAUACUAUCCUUCUUUGGAAGAAUCCUAUUAUAUUUUGGACGCUUUCAAACACGGAGGAAGUCAUUUAGACGCUGUAGAAGUUCUCUUCAAGAGUUGCGGUGAUGAUCUCUCAAUUUUCCAUAUCGUUCCAUUCACAAAAUUUUCAAAGGAAAGUGCGGUUUUGGGAUAUGGUCGAAUGAUGAUGAAUUCUUCACGCCCUUUACUUUUUGAAAUUUUAGCGUUGAAAGAUUCUGCCAAAUUACAAAUUCUCAAAGUAACACCGUAUUUGAAGCGUCUUGGCCCAGAAAGAUAUGGAGAACAGCCAUUGAUGGAGUUGUUGGAUUUGAUUAUUGGCGAAAUCAAGUCUGUCCACAAGAGUUAUGAAGAAAGGAAAGAAGCUUUCAUUUGUUUGGAGUCAAUUUUCGAUUGGCUUCCACAGAAUGUCCAACAAAACAAAUUGCCAUUGAUCAUUGAAUCAUUGAUUGACGUGUUGAAGACAGGAAAUGUAAUUAUUGAGUUGUUUAGAUUGAUUAUUUCGAUGUGUGACAACUUGAACAUUGUUUCAAGUGCUUGUUUCGCAAAUAAUUUGCAUUAUCUUGUUGUUUUGUCGCUUUGUUAUUGUAUAAGAGAUUUCAAAUUGCAGCAGAAAGAGAAAAUAAUUGCUUUCGAAAGAUUGUGUCAGUCUGCUGGAGUUCUAUCGUGCGGAAAAACUCCAAGAGAUGAUUUCAUCUCCAUUUUGCCAACAUUCUGCAGAGAUUGCAAACCAAACAUGAUAACGGAAGCAAUCUCUUUCUUGAAUGAUGAAAAAGUCGGAGUCAGAGUUGAAUGCAGUUUCAUUGUUUGCGCGGCAAUUCAGGUUGGAAAGGCUCCAACAACUGCACAUUACUCACUGUCUACGAUAUUAACUACUCAGGUAUCUGAUGAAUUAAAGUGCGGAGUACUUAGAGCACUUAAAGCAUUCCCUCCUCCAUUGUAA